UGUGAGGUUAGCACCCGGAGCAUCCAGGGAUCACUGGUAUACAAACUGUUCCCUCACAGAUGAGAAGCAUCAGAGUGGGAUAGGGAGUCAUCCCAGAUUCAGAGACGAUAAAUCACACAGCGAUAUACUCACCUCAUAUCACCUCAUUUCAUCUCACAUCACCUCUACAGCUGAACCUGUGAGAAGAGAGACAGAGGAAGAUGAUGCAAUCAGUGUAUGAUGACCUGUCCAAGCAGAGUAUACAGCAAGCCAAGGCUCUGUGUACAGAGGCCAGGGGAGGAGGUAUGAACUUGGGGAAGAAGAUCAGUGUUCCCAAGGAUGUGAUGAUGGAGGAAUUGAACCUUCCGUCCAACCGCGGCUCCCGCAUGUUCCAGGAGAGACUGAGACGGGUGGAGAGAUUCACACUGGAGAACCAAGUCCAUGACCAUUACAGCAAUAGGGGGAAAGAGAACCAGGCAUAUCUGAUGCCUGGCAACCACAGCCUGAUCACCACUCUACAGAAGACUGAGGCCAUGAACGGCAGCCCCAACGUCAUUGCCCCAGGCUACGUGGGCUCCCUGAAGGAGAUCCCUCAUGAGAAGUUUAACCUGACAACCAGGUCCUACUGUUCCCCCUGGAGGGAAGCCCUGGGUGACAGUGACGACCUCAGGUCCUCCCUCAGCACCCAGUUCCCACAGAGGACCACACUACAGCCUGCCAACUACAGGUGUUUCAACAGAGCGGCCAUGCCAUUCGGAGGCGCACAGCAGAAGAGUGUGAGGGUCAUCCCAGUGAUGGAGUUCGAACUGUUGGACUCCCAGCGCCUCCCUGGUACGACCCUGGACCGCAUGUGUAAACGGCCCAACUUCAACAGAGUACCACGGGGAUGGGGUCACGACUACUCCCCUGAAUCCACCGAUCUGUGAGAGGACCACCACUCACCUAUUACCUUUCAAACUUCCUGUGACCUUUGUGAAAUCGCAGGCUAAAAGACUUAAGCAUCGUUUUACUCUUAUUACCCUUCCCUCCUGAUUCAAAGAUGACUCCCUCUAGAAUAGGUAGCCCCAAACUAUUUUUAUAUUAAGAUGCUUUCAUCUAUUUAAUGGUUAUAUUAGGAUAAGGGUCUGUGGUUAGGGGCAAGUUCUAAUCCGAGCCCUCUGGUAUUCAGUCAGUGCCAUAGGGAAAGACAUGGGUGAAUGAUAAGAUUGUUUCCUGAUGAGAGCUCUGUGGAUGGGCCUGUGUGGAGGCCAACUGAGGACUUCUGAAUCAAUCAACAGUUCAUUAUGAGAGUUGAGCCCAGGCGGCAAAUGACAGCCAGUUGAGGGGAGAGGUGAUUUGUCUCUAUAAUUAAAAAAAAACGCCCUCUUCCUUAGCCCAACUGCCCCAUUUCCCUCACCACUUGCCUCCCAACUCUACAUAACCUUUGGCUCCCUUCCCUCUCUCCUACCAUCACAUUUCCUUCCUCCGUCUUUCUUGCCCUCUGUUAUAAAGGAUUGAUUUUGUGAUAUUGAUUGCUUUAAAUGUAAAUGAUAGAGAACUUGUUUUAAUGGCAGAAGUGGACAACAAAACAAUAAUAAACUGAAUCAUUUUUGUGGAAAA